AACAAACCAUAUUUACUUGAAAAAACAGAUAAACAAAAGUUGAAUUUUAGAUGCUCAUCCCGUACGAGGAGCAAAAGAGAUUCUCCACCUCUGUUUUAAUUGCCGAUGCCGAAUACUCAGAGAGAAUGAGAGAAAGGGCGCAACCCAACACAACCACCACCCAGAAUAAUGAGAUCUACCUUCUUCAAUAAUCUCCCCAAGAAUUUGUGAACUCUGCAGAUUUUAUAUACAGAUAAUUCAAUAAAAAAAUUCAUCCGUAUGUAGAAGAGAAUGGCAGAAACAAUGGCUAGCUUCUGGGGUCCAAUCACAACGACUAAAAAGUAUUGUGAAAUAAAUUAUGCACAUUCAUCUUAUAUAGCAGAGUUUUAUAACACAAUAUCCAACAUUCCGACCAUUCUUCUGGCUCUCAUUGGUCUUACAAAUGCUCUUAGACAAAGGUUUGAGAAAAGAUUUAGUGUUCUUCAUGUAUCAAAUAUGACACUUGCCAUCGGAAGCAUGUUGUACCAUGCUACACUGCAAUAUGUGCAACAACAGAGUGAUGAAACUCCGAUGGUGUGGGAAAUUCUGUUGUACAUAUAUAUCCUAUACUCUCCGGAUUGGCAUUAUCGGAGAACAAUGCCCAUCUUCCUGUUUUUGUAUGGUGUUGCUUUUGCCAUCGGCCAUUCGGUGGUCCAAUUUGGUAUUGGCUUCAUAGUCCAUUAUGUCAUUCUCUGUCUCCUUUGCAUUCCAAGAAUGUACAAGUAUUACAUUUAUACUGAAGAUGUGUCUGCCAAGCUGCUCGCAAAGCUAUAUGUAGCCACUCUCAUAUUGGGAAGUUUGUUUUGGUUAUUUGACCGUUUUAUCUGCGAGGAGGUAUCUGGUUGGGCAAUUAAUCCUCAAGGCCAUGCUUUGUGGCAUGUCUUCAUGGGGUUCAAUUCCUACUUUGCGAACACGUUCUUGAUGUUUUGCCGUGCUCAACAACGUGGCUGGUCUCCGAAAGUUGUUCGUGUAAUGGGUGUUUUCCCCUAUGUGAAGAUUCAAAAGCCAAAAAGAAAGUAGAAGAUGAAGUUUUAGUAGUGAUACAAUUUGGAAAGAGAAGAUAUUAGGAUCCAUGUUUUUGGCCUUCUGUUUUUCUGGUUUAGAUUGGCUUAAAUGAUGAUAAUUUUUUUUAUAUAUAUAUUUUGUUGUACACAUAGGAUAUGUGCUAUAUUUAUGCUACUAUGUGGAUGCUUUCUUGAUCCUGGACAAAACUCUGUUUAUCACAACCAAAAGUUGUGCAGUAUUGGUUGUUCAAUAUUCAGUUGAAUCACCCCACA